AUGACCUUCCAACCCUUCACAAAGCAAGAAGGGCAGCUAUGUGCUCAACAUGCAUUGAAUGCACUCUUGCAAGGGUCUUACUUUACCGCGGUAGAUCUGGCUGAUCUUGCCAGGCAGCUGGAUGCCCAGGAACUGACGGCGAUGGCGGAGGGAAACGUUGGAGGUGUAGAGUCUGAAGAAUAUCAGCGAUUUUUGAAGGAAGGGUCAGCAAACUAUGAUGAUAGCGGCUUUUUUUCGGUUCAGGUUAUAUCUAAUGCAUUACGGGUCUGGAAUCUGGAUAUUACCGCGAUUGGGUCACAACAGGCCACUGCCGCCCGAACAGAUCCGACGAACGAGAAUGCAUUUAUAUGUAAUUUGCAGGAGCAUUGGUUUACUUUGCGCCGAUUUGGUGGAUCGCCAAAGAGAUGGUAUAACCUGAACUCUGUGUUCGACGGUCCCGAAUACGUGUCUGAAACGUACCUUGGCCUUCUACUAGCACAGCUGGAAAACGAAGGGUACUCCAUCUUUGUGGUGAAUGGUCCAAUUCCGCAGUCGGAAGCCGAUCUGUACGCUGCUAGCGAUCCAGUUCCAGCACCGUCACAAAUUCCCAAGGGCAAUACAAAGGGGGGCCGGUCUCAGCCAGAGAGCAGUCUGCAAGUGACAGGCACAGGCGUCGGAUCUUCUGCUGGUGGGGAUGAUGACCUGGCGCGGGCCAUCGCUAUGAGUCUGGGUGAAGAAGUUGGCCCAAUGGAUGGGCCUACACAUAUACCUACAGGGAAUCCUGAAGACGAGGACCUCAAGCGGGCUUUAGAGCAGAGCUUAUUGGAGGGUGGUGUAGACUCGAAGACAUUAAAGCGAGCCAUAGACGAGAGUUUGAAAGAAGAUGAGGAGAGACUCAUGAAUGAGGCCCUUCAAGCAAGCUUGCAGGAAUCAGCCGCUGCUUCGGAAUCCCUGGACCCCGAGAACAUUAGGCGGAAAAGAUUGGAGCGCUUUGGUGGAUGA